AAGUCAGACACUGUUGCGCUGCCCCGUCGACCAUUGAUGCGGCUCGGUUAAUUUACAAUCAGCACUUGGCCCGUCCAUCAAAUUGUAAGUUGCAGUCGGAAGAAUCGCUAGCACAUGUAUAGUUUUUUUACAAUCCGUUGCCAAACAUAUUGAUCGAUGCGCACAAAUGAAUGCUGAGGGAUAUGUGGUGUGAUAUGUGUAUUACCAGCGAAGAAAUCGGACGGAGAUUGUUGUUUAAAUUUUAAAGUUCAGAACGAUUAAAAAACCUUCGGCUCAUUAUUUCCUUACUUCGGCCAAAUUCUGUUCUGCAUCUGAAUAAUGGAAAGGCGGCAUGUGCUUUGGACGAUUGCCGUUAUCGGUAUAUUUUCCAUUCUGCUAAAACAAGGUUGGGCACUGCGAUGUUAUACAUGCAUUGAGGGAACGUGUCCCAGCGCUUCCGAUAUGAAGGAGACCGGCUGCACCACACUGCUGGAUACAUGCUUCAAGUUCGAAGGCGUUGUUACACAAGAUGAAGUUCUGUUUCAAGGCUAUGUCACACGUGGCUGUGCAGCGAACAGCAUUAUGCAACAGUUCACGCCGGGCGAUAUUCAACCGAACAAGUGCACGAACGUUACCGGCUCCCGUGAUCCCGAUCCAGAUAGAUUAGAGACAUACACCGGCAGGAUCUGCCUAUGCGACACCGAUCUUUGCAAUACAGCUUCCGCCAGUCGAUCUCUUUAUGUUGUAUUUAUUUUCUUUAUAGUUUUAUCAUGUUUGUAUCAGCGUAUAUAAUAUAAUUGACUGCUUGAGGACGAUGAUCUCCCGGAUUUUGACACAGAAUUAUACAUAACUGCGAUUGUUUUUGCUAAAAGUUUCGCCAUAAUAUACUGUAAACGUUUUAUACGAUAUUACAAUUGUAUAACUGGGUCGUGUGGU